GUGAUCUCUGCCUGAGAGUAGGAGCUCGUUAGGAAAAUCGGAUAUAGUAAACAAUCACAUGGGCGGAGUAGGCCGGAACUAAAAGGACCUGCUAACGGAUCUUGUACGUGUCUGUCACUCAUGACCCCCUGUGAUGUCUUUCGGGGGCGACUGUUUCACAGAUGAAGGUGGUCCCGUCGUAGAUCAGCUCUGGGCGGCACUAUCUAAACGUCGUGGACGGGUUUUACUUGAGCUGAAUUGCCGAACCCGAACCGCGAACAUGAAUGAAUGAAUGAAUGACGUCAUAUACAUAUGUUGAAGUUGAUAAAAUGUCAUGUGUCAGUCUC